AUGCACCGUGCAUAUGUGACACGGGUAAAUGCAUUCCUUGAACGGAAGGAAGAGUGGCUGCUCUUUUUUAGGUUGGGCCUUAUAACGAGAGGCCACAACACAAACAAUUAUGCUGGAGUCACUAUUCGUGUAUUGAAGGAUGUGGUUCUUGGCAGGCAAAAGGCAUAUAAUGUAGUUGCCCUUGUGGACCUCGUGGCAACAGUCUGGGAGGACUACUUUUCGAGAAGACGGCUUAGCCAUGCAUACAACCGUGUGCCAGCUCCCCAAAUAUUUUACGACAAGUUUGGGCUCAGGAUGGCCGAAAGUGUUGCACAGUUGGUUUGUGCUCUUGGUGAUAGCAUGUACCAGGUGCCCAGUGGGCAGGAAGACGGUAAAAUUUAUCACGUUUGGCAAGACGUCGGCACUUGCACUUGUAGAAAUGGUCCACAAGGGGCAUUCUGUAAGCAUCAAGCACUGGUUCAUCACAUGUAUGGAGGAGCAUUUCCAAAUGCCCCAAUACUGAAACCCGAUGACCGGCACAAGUUAGGUGUCCUUGCCCUGGGUGACAAGUGCCCUGACAAAGGUUUCUUUGGAAGCUUCCGUUAGGUGUUGCCAGAGCUCCCGUCCA